GCUUCAUGCUUUAGCCUCGCGCAUGCCGUUUCUAUCUCCCUAACACCCGCCGCCAGCGCGCCUGCAGCUUCUGGCAUCUCACAAGUUCUGAGUCCUUCUUUCGCUGGCCUCGGAAUCGAACCUUCCAACCUGUUCUCCUUCACCGGUGGAGACACACCUAAUAAACUCUCCAUCAAUCUUCUUCAACAUCUCACAGAUUACUCCGGCGCACCUCCUCAUCUCAGACUCGGCGGCAACACUGGUGAUCAUAUGGUCUGGGAUGCUUCUUGGUCAGCUUUCAGUCUCGGUCAAAACCCUCAUCAGGAAGAAACCAACCCUACUCCCGCAGAUGGGUCCGUCUUCGGUCCUGGUUACCUCGAGGCUCUCGAGCGUUUCCCCAAGGGCAUGCCUGUCACCUUCCAGCUGAACAUGGCCUAUGACAUGGGCGAUCGACUCGAGAAGAUCAACGAAGCAGCAGCUGCCGUUGUCGACGGUCUCAACAACACUUCGCUCUACUCGUUCGAGAUUGGUAACGAGCCAGACUUGUACCUCGAGGCCUGGCAACAGAUGCGAAAUGGUACCUGGAACGGCCAGAUCUACACCCAGCAGUGGUUAGAAAGAGCAGAGUCUGUCUGCAACAACGUCCUGAAACCAAGAAACAUGACCUGCGACUUCUUCGAAGCCGCCCAGACUGCCUCGACAAUUGGCACAACCUUCACCAUCAACGACAUGGUCGAUGCGGGUAUCAUGAACGGGUCCGACGGUACCAACUAUCUCUCGUCGUGGAACCAGCACGAUUACUUCUACUUUGUCGAUGUUUCAACUUACGAUCUCACCCUCAACAUCUUGAUGGACUUUGACAGGACCGAAUCUCAAUUCGCGUACUGGGCCACUUCAAUUUCAACCGCGCUGUCUACUGGUAUUCCUUACAACCUCCGCGAGAUGGCAAACGUCGGUCCCAUUGGUAUGGCAAAUGUAAGCAACACUUUUGGUGCUGCACUCUGGUUCCUCAACUUCUAUUGCUACGGCGCCACUCUCAACAUUUCCUCGGUUGAGAUGCACAUGACCGACAACUCGUACGCUGCUCCUUGGCAACCUAUCUACAACAACGGAGAGGCCGCCAAUGUUCGUCCCAGCUACUAUGCUUUGGCUGCUAUGGCUCAGCUCCUCGGCUCGGGCAAUGGUACUACCAGACUCGCUCCCUUGGCCACCCAGAACUCUUACGUCCGCGCAUAUGCUGCCUACGCUAACGAUGAUCUUUCUUCCUUGGUUAUCAUCAAUGCCCAGCAGGCUAACGCCUCUGAUACCGACAAGGGCAGCAUCGACUUCGCCAUCUCGCUUCCUGACCUUAAGGGACAGACUCUGUUCCUGUCGUAUUUGAAUGCUGAUGGUGCCGACGUUACCCAAAACGUCACUUGGAACGGUCUUAGCUUCGAGAGUGACAGCGUUGGUUCUGCCACCACUGCUCAGGACCAGAGUGGCCAGACUGUUGUCCUCGACUCCAACGGCGCUGGCACAAUCACUGUCCGCGACUCUCAAGCCAUCAUCGCAAACCUUGGUGCUCGUCUUGGC